CUUCGUAAAAAAAAGAAAAAUUGUUUAUCAUAAAUUAUCAACAGUGAACUUUCCUCUGCAUCUUAUUCACAUUCUCAUAAUAUGUUUUAUUCACAGCUACAACAACAUAAAUCUGGGAUUGCAUCAAACCAAUUAAAUAAUUCCAAAGAAAACGGAGAUGAUUCCAAGGAAACACUAGCCAAUGGUGACACUUCAGAGCAAAUAGAUUACUUGGCAAAAACUCACGAGUUACAAACAAUAAUUGAAAAGCAGACUGCUGAACUGUCGCAGUGGCAACGCCGGGUAUCGGAUUUAAACAAUAAAAUUAGCGAUUUGGAAGAGAAUCUUGGGAAAACACAAAAGGAAUUUACCAAAUCACAAGAGACGUGUGUCAAACUACAAAGAGAUCUUCGUGAAAAUGUUGCACAAAAAGAAGACCAGGAAGAACGGAUAGCAACUUUGGAAAAACGUUACUUAAAUGCACAACGAGAAUCCACAUCUUUGCACGAUCUUAACGAAAAAUUAGAACAAGAACUUCGACACAAGGAAGCUCAACUAAAGUUGCAAGAAGGCAAAAUUUCUGCCAUUCAAGAGAAGCUGGAAUUAUCUGAUCAAAAAUUAGCUCAACUUUCAAAACUGCCGGACCUGGAAGAGCAACUUAAAGCUAGAUUGGAAGCGUUCAACCAGGUAGGCACACAGGCCCAAGAACGCCACGGAACUUCAGAGGAUCGAAUAACACGUCUUGAGGCAAACCUGGAGGAAAAGAACGCUGAAAUUAUGCGUUUGAAUCAAAGACUGAAAAUGAAUGAAGAGCACAAUCAAAGGUUGUCUUCGACUGUUGAUAAACUGUUAUCCGAGUCCAACGACCGGUUACAAGUCCAUCUAAAAGAAAGGAUGACAGCUCUAGAAGAGAAAAAUAUACUUACUCAGGAGUUAGAUAAGGCAAAGAAAUACGCUGAAGAACUGAAUCAUGAAAAGUCUGAUAUACUUAAAGAAAUGUCAAAGAGCAGACUAGAAAUGGAUAACUUCAAAAGACAGUUGCUACAACAAGAAAUAGCGUUUAACAUUCAACAAACAGAAGCUUUAACCAGAAGUUUAUCCCCUACGAAUGGAUCUGAUGCAGACAACUUCUCCAGAAGUGCAUCACAUGCUAGUUUCGAUGCCCUAAGUAUAAGACGGAAAAAACAACUUCUCGAGGAAGAACAAUUUAGUAGAUCCCUGGCUGACCAAGACUGGGGCAAAAUUCAACAAAUGGCAGUAGCACAAAACUUCGAUGGCAGUGUCGUCGAUGGGGAUGACACAGAAAGUUUAUUCAGUACUGCCGACAUAAUGUCUCCUAGCGGUCACACAGACGCCCAGACACUUGCCCUGAUGUUGCAGGAACAAUUAGACGCUAUAAAUAAUGAAAUAAGGUUAAUUCAAGAAGAAAAACAGUCAACUGAGGCUCGUGCUGAAGAGCUGGAAUCUCGGGUUGGAAGCCUUGAACAUAUGAAUUUACUCGCGAGAGGUAGAUCAAUGGAUAGACAAAGUCCACCGUUAAGUGGACGAAGCACCCCCAACAGUCCAAAUCGUGACUACCUUCACAAAUAUCACACAGUAAGUUAUCGCAAUAAGCAUUACAUAUCAUCCGUUUUUAAAAGUUACGAUAUGUUUUGACAAGUAUUAUAUUAG